AUACAUUGCAAUAAAAAGCAUGUACAUAUUUAUAUGCAAUGUGCCUCAGUAAUGUUAACAGUAAAUUCUUUAUGUAUAGCUAGCAAACGAUCUUUAUUCUAGCACAUGUUGUCCACGUUGCCAAAAUGCAUACAGCAAGCAAAAGCUUACUGUACUGUUACAGUAGGAAGUUUACAUGCUGUGAAAUGACUCUAUGUGAAGGUAAGGGUUAACUGGCCUAUUUAUAUUUGCAUGGUAUUUUGAGUGACUUGAGUAGGUGAAAGGCAAAGAAACUGUAUAUUACCGAUGUGUUGACACUGGAGGAUAAACCUUAGAUGGCCAGAUAUGAAAGCUACAUUUGUACUGCUUUCUUUACAGUCUCCAAAACUGGUGGCUUUUUCUUUGGAAGAUCUGGAAACUUCUGUGUUGCACUACUCUAAGCCACAUGUCUUUUAAAAGAGAAAAUAAGACAAACAAAACACAUAGUGCAUGUUGUUAGACAUGCUUUAUAUUGUUUUAUUGGUGGGUGAAUCUCUUAAAAGACAAACCUCUGUCAUAUUGCAUGCCAAUAUGAAAACAACAAUUGAAAAGCAGAAAAAGAAUCUAACUUUUAAAUUAUAUUUUGCAAAAAUAAAAGUAAGCCUAUUUUUAUUAGCAUUAAGAUGAUUUGAACUGACAUUAUUUUCAUGACAUUCAAGCACAUUAACCUUGAAAUGUUAAUUGUCGUAAUGCCAAAACAAUCUCAUUAUUAUUACUGUAAUAGGAAACAUCAUAUGUUUAUACAAGUAAAUGUGUCUGAGUCUACAGACUAUUUUUCACAUUGCCAUAAAUACAUCGGUUUGCACUUGCUCUCUCUCCAUAAAUAUGCAUUACAGGAUACCUUCUCUCUACAUCUCAUUAGAAACUUUCAGGACUGUCAUUCACUCUCUCUCUAUAAUGGCCAAUUCACAUUACCAGAAUAAUACAGAUCGUUUAGCAGUGAUUGUCACUGGCUGUCUGUGGCAUUUUGGGAAUCUCAGCGGUAAUGAAAUGACAAAUUGUCACUGUUUCCACAACAGGUGGUGAAAGAUUGCAGAAGUCAAAUUGAGCACUGGAAUAAAGUGGAAAAAGACUAUGAAUUUCUUCAAGACCGCCUCAGGACUUUGCCUGACAAGUUGUCUUAUGAUAUUAUGGUACCAUUUGGUCCCUUGGCUUUCAUGCCUGGAAAGCUAGUUCACACUAAUGAGUUAACGGUGCUCCUCGGGGAUAACUGGUUUGCAAAGUGUUCUGCCAAACAAGCCGACACUCUUGUGGAACACAGAAAGAAACAUGUCAAAAAUGCGCUAGAUGACUUACAGAAAGUGAUGAAGAACUUUCAGAAUAAAGCCGACUUUACAGAUGAUCUGGAAAAACUGGCUGGUGAUACUGAAGAUUUUGUAGACAUUAGAGAAGAGGUAAUAAAUGAGGAAGAAUUUACCAAAGGAAAACGUUUGGCCCACAAACCCAAUUCUAAACCGAAGCAGGAGUAUUUGUCGGAGCUGGAAGAGGACACAGAGAAGAAAGAAGGUGAUGAAGAGAGAACGACAGGGCUGCUGUCAGAGGAGGAGCUGUGGGCCCGACUUGAUGAACUAGAGCGUGAGGAGGAACUUCAAGAUGAGAGAUACCGAUUGGACAGCACAGACACUAAUGGAGAAGACACCACUUCCUCCUCAGAGGAAGAGAAGGAAGCAGAAGGUGGCAGCAGUGUCCAAGUUAAUGGCCAUCAGAAGGAAAAUGGCUGGGUACCAUCAUCUAUCACAAGUCAGAUGAACGGCACUAAUGGCUCACACCCUGAGGAUGAGGAGGAGGAAGAUUGUGAUGAGGAAUCAGGCAAUGGUCUUCCAACUAUCUAUUUUUCUCAUACUGCGGAAUUCAAAAAGGUCAGGAUAAAUACAGGAAAGAACACCACUCUAAAAUUCAGCGAAAGAAAUGAACAAAAGGCACAAGCCAAGCGGAAAAAAAAAAGUGGCAAAAGUAACGGCCUUUCUCCUCAUGAAAGUUACAAGAUCACAAGCCCAGCAGACAUUUAUAGGGUGUUUGUGGAUUUGGUGAAUGGAGAGCCGAUACCACGCAAGUCCAUUUUGAAGUCCCGCAGCCGUGAGAACAGCGUGUGCAGCGACACCAGCGAAAGCAGCACAGCUGACUUUGAAGAGCGCCGUGCGGCUUUUGGACGCUCGUGGAGCCAUGAUGACGCCACACACAGUGAUACCAGCGAUGGCAUUACAGAGGAGGAAAGCCCCACUGGAACGAGCCCCCGCACUAACGGACGCUUUGAGGCUUUUACAGGCACAGUGAUUGAAAAGGAUCCCCUGCCUUGCUCCAUCCCACACCUGACCAUCGCCCCUCCUGCCUUACCCACAAUCCCCGAGAGAAAGCUGGAGGAGGUGGGCCCCGAAGCUCUUCAGGAGCCACCCAAGAGGAUGUCCAAGUUUAAAGCUACACGGUUGCAUCAGACAUGAGUUCAUCUCAUCAACACAACUUUUAAAUUCGGUUUUGUACAACAGUAACUCCUAUAGUCUGACUUUCUCACUAGCUGUCCUCUUCCUCUGUCCUCCACACUACUUCUAUACUGUCAUCUAUCUGGUUUUUGUUACAUGCACCCUGGAUAUUUUAUUUGCUCUGUAAGAGUAAUUAAUAGAGAUGAUAAAUGAUUUCUCUACAAUUAGCUUUUUUAUAUGCCAGAUGGUUUGUUUAAAAGGAUAGUUCACCAGAAAAUUAAAACUGUCAUCAUUUACUCACCUCUUGUCUUUGCUGUAUGAUGUUUUUUCUUCUGUGGAACAGGAAGUUAUUUUGAAGGAAGUUGGAAAUCGUUGUUUCACAGAAGAAAGUCAUACAGGUUUGGAUCUUCAUGAGAUUGAUUAAAUGAUGACAGAAUUUUCUUUUUGUGUGUAUGAUCAAACCCUUUAAUUUAGGAAAAUGCUGCACAUUUUGGUAUCUUUUGUGUGUUUUAGUAUAGAUAAAUAAUAGUUAAAAAUAGAAUGGGAAAAAAAUUAAAUCCUAAAAUGUUUUCAAGACAAACAAUAUAGUAGUGCUAGUGACAUCAUGACUACUGUCAUUGUUGUGAUGUGGUCUAUGAUGUGGAUUUUUUUGGGAAAAUGCUUUAUCAAAGUUAAUUCUCAUUUUGUUAAUUCAUGACGUUUAUGUGCAACUUUGACCUAUGUUGGUCAUGAAAUAGCUGCCAAUUUCUGUCAGCAUAAAAAAAAAUAUAUAUAUAUAAUUUCUGAACUUAGUCUCAGAUUCUCUCAUCUCUUUUUUUAUCUUGUUUACAGAGUUUUGGCUUUGUACAUCAGCUUUUUUUGUGACUGCCGGAAAAAUGUUGUGGUAACUGAAAAGGAGAAACAAUAAAUGAUUUUGACUGUAUAAGUGUUUUAAUUGGUCAUUAGGACAUUAUUCAUUUGGUUUCGGUUCUACACAGGACGUUCAUUUGUGCAUUUAUUUUUGUGCAUGAAACAAGUGGCGGUUUUACUGAUGAAGCAACUCCUUUGUCAUUGUGGUGGUGUUCAGUCAGAACCUUUAGAGGGCACUAAAGCCUUUAACUUUUUUAUCUUUAAAAAUCAAAGCCAAAACAAGUUGAUGCCUAUGGAGAGGGGGAAAAAACUAUA